AACAAUUGUAUGUGCUUGCACUGCGCAUGAGCAGUUAAUGAGUGGCCGUUCACAACGUAAGGUGGUGCACUGUUGCUAGACGUAUUUCAAUGGGGCUGAACGAUAUAACUGAUGGGCCUGUUGCAGUGGGCCUCAUGAAUAAUACCCGUUCCAUGGAGUCCAUCCCGGAGGAUGACAGCGGGCUGGUGGCAGGCAUCGUCAUAGCUGUGGUCACCAUCGUGCUGAUCCUGGCAGCCCUGAUUGCAUUUGUGGUUUAUCGCCAUUACCUGCACAGAAAUGUGACGAGUAUGAACUUUGACAACCCCGUUUACCGCAAGACCACAGAGGACCAGUUCUCGCUGGAGAAGAACCAAUAUCAGCCGCAGAGAAUUUACCCUGCCACAGUCGGAGAAGAGGCCCAGGAGCCACUCACAAGUCCCGGAACCAAUGAUUAUGUAUAAUUGGGCGCAGGCCUAAGAGAACUUUACUGUGCUGUGUUCCGUUGGCAGACUGUAGAGCCACCGUGCUCGAGCCCUUUCCGCCGAUGUGCGUCGCUCAAGUGGUAACUGUGCCAAAAUGCUGUGGUGACGAAGCAUCACAAAAUUGUUUCUUAUUGUUUUAGUGAUUUGCAGCAUUUUAUUCAAACCUAAACAUGAAGAAGGAACAUAAGUACAAGUUUAGUAUCAAAAUUCAAAGUUCUAUAAUUGCUUAUAUGUCAACACAUUGGUCGCUUUGUGAAUCCCAAAAUUCUGACCGCAUUAUGCCGAGGUGUGCGGCAUUGCAUUUGAAAUGUUCAGUGUAUAUAGUGACAGUGAUUGGCUGCAGGUAACACAACUGAAGAUGGGAGUCCAGUUAGUUUGAGAUGCGGGCAUGAACAGAAAUCACUGGAGUGAUUCUGUCACUCCUGCUUUGUAAGCUGCGGAGGACAGAGAAAUUAUAAGGUUUAACGCUAUUUUAAUGUUUGUACAUACUGUAUGUGGAUCAAAAUUUAAUUGUAAGGAGGGACAGAAGAAAUGUUGGUUAAUGUUUAUACUUCCUGUUGCUCAUAUAGGUGCAAUUUCUCGUAUCUGUGUGUUCUCGCCCCGCCCACGCCAUGGUGGCGAUAAUGCAGCUUGUUCAAUAAUUACUGUGUGUGUGUGCGCGUGUGUGUGUGCGCUUGCUUGUGUGUAUGUCUGAUUUGGAGGCUUUUUAGUACCAACCUGGUAUUGUACUAGUACAAGGUUUGCUUUGAUAGGCAAAUGUAAUGAAUCCCAAGUCUUCUGAAUAUUUGCAUGAGUGUUCGUUUAUUUGUUUGUUGCUCAUGUUCUUUUUUAUGUAAAGUUGUAAAUACAUUAUUGAUGAAAUAUGUAUUGUGUUACUUGGAAUAGUUGUAUAUAGUAAAACACGUCACUGUAUA